AUGAAGCCUUCCGAGAAAAGAAGAAGAAGCCGUGCUGCUUCACUGGCCCCUCGUGAUCAAAACGGACGUUUCACUCCAAGAAAGAAGGCCACUGGAGGUCAUACAAGCCGUCGUUCAGUUCGUUCGGUCUCUCGUGAUUCUUCCGGCUCUUCCCGUCGUAGCCGCAGCCGUAGUGCAAGAUCUGCGUCCAGCUACCGUGGUCGCCGAAGCCGUUCGUCAGUCUCUCGUUCGUCAUCACGUCGUCGGUCGAGUUCAAAGCGUUUAACUCGGUCCGUAAAAGGAAGUGGUCGCAAGAUGGGAAGUAAAUCGGUCCGUGCCCACAGCUCCCGUUCUCGCUCUCGUUCUGUCUCCACUGCCAGAGAACCGAGUCGUCGUCUCCGUCGUGCUCGUUCUUCGAGAAGAAGCAGUCGUUCGGUGUCAUCACGUCGUUCGACCGAAAGAAGUCUCUCAAGACGUCGUGUCACUUCGAAACCAAAAGCUGCAACAAGAUCUCGACGAGCUGCUCGCGAGUCUUCUACUCACAGCUCCAGCCGUAGCCGUAGUCGUAGCCGUAGUGGUUCUCGCAGAUCUACCAGAGGAAAGUCUACGAAAAGCUAUCGUCAAAGCUCUCGUCGUGGAUGA